AUGUACGCUGGUUGCGCAAUAAGCAAUAACGCCACAUGGCUUCGGCUUACUCCUUGUCAGGUCAAAGCUGGAGACAAGCUCACUGCCGAGUGGCACCACACGCUCGAUUCCAAGCCCGAGACGGACAAGUCAGAUCCAAUUGACCCCGGUCAUCUGGGACCCAUCAUGGUCUACCUUGCCAGAGUCGAUGAUGCCUUGUCUACCAAAGUGACGGGACUCAAGUGGUUUAAGAUCUACGAGGAUGGUAUGGAUGCCAAUGGCGAGUGGGCCGUUACAAGACUGUAUAACAACAAGGGCCUGGUAGACUUUGUACUGCCGUCGUGCAUACCCAGUGGACAGUACCUCCUUCGCGCAGAGCUCAUUGCUCUCCAUGCCGCCUCAAACUACCCCGGUGCUCAACUCUAUAUGGAGUGUGCUCAAAUCAAUGUGACAGGAGGUGGCAGUGCCAGUCCGGCGACUGUCAGCUUUCCAGGUGCAUACAAAGCGACUGACCCGGGGAUUAAGUUUCAACUGUACUGGCCGAUCCCGACCAGCUACACAAUUCCCGGUCCGAGACCAUUCACUUGCUCUGCCAAGAUCAGGUAG